CCACCUUACCGCUGGAGUCAUCUACUAUAUCAGAGAACCACUUACUGUGGGCGGAUGUCGCCUUUAUGAACGUUGUGCCUUCUUUUUUCAUUUCUUUAUUAUAGCUCUGCCAGUCUCUUGUUAUUUCAUUUUAUUCAAUAUAGUAUCAUCAUCGCAGGGUCGCAAUGCCGACGGUCCUGCUACCGUCAUCGGCCGCUGCCUUUGCGCCGCGGUCUUCACCGAAUGUGGUGUUGAACACCAAAAUCGAGCCAUGGCUGACAACGACAUUGAAACGAGUCAGCCGAGUCAAGCGACCUUUAAACAAUGUGACGCAACAUACGAAGUGUCUAACGGAAACCUUGUCCUCGCCAAACGCUAUCUGGACCCUGUGCUCCAUGAUGUUCCCCAAGGCCCCCGAAGCAGAGCUCCGAAGGGACGAGAACCCAUGGGUGGAGGCGUUCUUCAACUACCAGAUGAUCCAUGUCGAGGCAUAUGUGGUGCAUGUUGAUAUGGUAUCUCGAAACGAGGUCGCAUUCAAACUGACUCCGGAAACAAUCGAAGCUUUGGUCGACUUUCACAAGGAGAUUUACUCCGUUGACACAGCCGCAAGUACCUGGGACUGGUCUGAGAAGGAGAGCCAGUUGAAGAAAUUACAGGAGGAGUUUGUCCAGGCUGCCAACAAGUUCGUCUAUCGCACCAGCGCGCAGGCACUGGAAGGACUGGAGGAGGACGGUGCAGGUGAGCUGCUUGGGGGCCGGGGUGAGGAAGCAAAGUCCGCGAUCACCAGCCUGUUCGUUCCGUUGCUUCCUCCCCCUCCACCCGUGGUCGACGUGCUUCGUUCGACACCUGUUCUCCCCAGUUCCACCGGGCCAGAGACAUGGUGGCACGACCCUAUGCAGCAACCUGUGUCGAUGGAUACGUGGAAAGUACUGCCAUCCAGCCCAGCCACGGCCAGUACAGGAGAUUCUAAUCCGAAUAUAUGGACCAGCCUGAACAACAUGAAUGAGUUCUCGUAUGCUUCUCCGACACCGUCCUACAGCCAACCGUACACCACUGCUCCUUACAAUGCGACGCAGUAUUAUAGCACCGCUGCCACGUCCGCUGCACUUGCCGCGCUCCCAUUGCCAAGCAUGUUGGUACAGCCCUGCAGCACAGCGGCGAAUAUGCUCGGGUUUGGGUGGGGGGAUCGAUACCAAGACUUUGCGCUGCCGUACGGGACAACCAUGUAAUACGCCCAUGGAACCAUACACUUGACGUUGAUGGUCUCCCUGACUUCGCGUAUUUUUGGUUUAGAUCCCAGAGUCCCUGUCUACAAGCCCCAUCUAGCUCGUUUGUACCCUUCGAGCCCGAGAUACACCUACCAGAACAACCGGGAGCACUAUACCCGCUAUAC